AUGAACCAACUCUGCGUCCCCGUCCCGUCCGCCUCGGACACGCACGCCAUCCUCGAUGAGGUCUUCACGCUGUGCCGCAUCCCGUGGAUCUUCGACUUUAUCUUCCGUGCAGACCCUGCCGCCGACAUCUCCAUGCUUCUGGCCCCCGUGCAGAAGCGCCACGCCCUCUCCGCCCGCGUCCACGUCAACGCCACGGAGACCUCGUCGCGCUACGCCCACACCUUCGACUUCAGCAAGGAGUUCAUGUUCUACUCCAUCCCGGCCUUCUCCAUCGGCCCCAUCACCGCCGGCUUCUGCGUCGAGCAGCCCGUCCACGCCCCCAAGCCCCCCGAGAGCGCCCUCCAGUGCAUCCGCUUUAUCCGCGACGACAGCACCGGCGCCUUCCUCCACGUCUCCGACAACGAGCGCACCGCCGUCACCGAGGUCGACUGUCUCACCCAGAAGUCCUCCACGCGCCGCACCCGCGUCCGCAUGAAGUUCGACAUGCACUCGCUGAGAACCGUCCUCCGCACCCCGCGCGGCAUACUGCAUCCCGCCGACGUCGCCCCCGCGCUUAUCUAUCUCAACGUGUCGGACGAGAAGCGAUCGUGCCCCGUCUGCAGGGACCCCACCGCCACCCAUUGCUCGUGCCAGCUUCUGCGCCGACGCCCGCGCCACCCGCUCGACUUUCAGUUCGAGGAGAGCAACAUGGGCUUGUACACAGGCUUUUACCAAGGCGCCACUGUCGUGCGCCUGUGCAGUGCAGGACACCGCAUUAUUAAUGCCACGUUGCAGUCGGGGAGCGUCAUCCAGGGGGAACUCAACUCAGAGACCACCACCCGGCUGCAUAAGCUGGCAGUCAUGGACAGGCUAGGCAAGGUCAAAGAACGGCCGUCGUCGCUGGUCAUGCCGGCCUCACCGCUCAACCUGUCGGCCAUGCUAGCGGCGGACGCGCCCGAGGAGGUGGAGGCGCUUGUGGAGUGCGUGGAGCUGCGGCCGCAUAAGCCGGAGAUUCUGGAUACGGACGCACUGUUUGUCAACCAGGCGCAGACCAGCAGGGACGGGUUAGAUGAGGCCGGCAAUCUGAUGGACACACGCGAGUUGCUUGUGGGGAUGGAAAGUGUGGAGGACGUGUGCUCAGGGGCGCCGCGGAUACAGGCUGAGAGAACGGAGGCGGGGAUGCUGGAUUUAGAGAAUAGGACAGGCAACAAUGACGGGGCGGAGAUGGACGCCGUGGUCGGAGAUGAGGUGGAGAACGGCAGCGAGCGUUCAUUUUGCGACGUUUUUUCACACUUGGCGAAGUUGCGGAGCAGUGCCCUUCGUGGGGCUCCGGAUCCGGGUCGAGCCGGCUCACGGAGGGGGAGUGCGAGAUGAAGAGCAGCACGCCGACGCGGGAGGAGGCGUCGGGCGUGUGCGGCGCGGGCACGAUGACGUCGACCUCGUCGUGCGCAGAGCUCGACAAGGCUGAGAUGCGCAAGAAGCGCAACCGCGAGGCCGCUGCGCGCAGCAACCUCAAGCGCAAGCUCAAGAACGAGAGCGUGCGCAAGGACCUCGCCAGCCUCACACAGCGCGCCAUACGCCUCCGCGUCAAGGAAAUGAUGCUGCGCGACGAGAACACCCGCCUGAGAACGGCCCUCAGAAGGGUCGCGGCCGCUUCGCGCCCCAGGCGGUGAGCGCCGGCGCGGCCCCGCUGUAUUGUAUUUUUAUGUUGUAAAGGCUUGUGCGGAGUGCGUGUCGGAUUCGUGCGGGGCUUUGCGAUGAGGCGGCAACGUGCAACGGGCGUCUGGCAGGGCGCGUACCACAACGCCACGGUCCUCUUCCGAUGCAUAUAGGUGCGUGCAUAUAGGUAUGACGUGGGUGCCGAUCUUGGGCGCUUCUUUGCAUUCAUCGCGAGUGGUCAUCGGUAAGGUUGGUGAGGAGGCGGAAUGACAGAUCCACUGGCCUCACCUUCACCCACAAACAUCACACAGUACGUAGCAUCGGCCCCGCAUUGGCCACCGCCUCUCUCUCUCUGUACAUCACGUUACACGUGUCCUCCCAUCGCAAAACACCCCCGUUUCCUUAAAACGCCUCCUCUUCCUCCCCCCA